GCCAUCUUCACUUGUAACUUGUAAAUGAGCCCUGUACUGCAUCUUCUAAAAGGAGCGAACCAGUAUAAAACCGCUUUACCUUAUCCUAUCCUUCCUCCGCCAUCUCCUAAAUCCUAAUUUCAUUUCCUCAUCGGCAAAUCUCUCCCACCAAAUACCAAUCCCACAUACACCUCCUACUAUCACAUUUACUCAACCUACUUCACUCUCUUCUUAAUUAUUAUCUCAAGGAUGUGGGUGAUGGAUUUUAUGAAUGUUUAACGAAUUUAAUCCGAAUUCUGCUCGUUGUGUGAACUUGAAUUGGUUUUUAACAUGGCUCCGAAAGCUGCUAAAGGAAAACCUCAUAAGGCUAAGGGCGAGAAGAAGAAGAAGGAAGAGAAAGUAUUACCAACGGUUAUAGAAAUAGGUAUAGAGACGCCGGAGGAAUCCCAAGUGACGCUAAAGGGAAUAUCUACGGACAAGAUCUUAGAUGUUAGGAAGCUUUUAGCGGUCCACGUGGAGGCAUGCCACUUGACCAGUUACUCCUUGUCACAUGAGGUGCGUGGACCCAGGCUAAAAGAUACCGUUGAAACAGCCUCUCUAAAACCAUGUCACUUAACGGUCGUUGAAGAGGAUUACACCGAAGAACUCGCCAUCGCACACAUCAGACGAUUGCUGGAUAUCGUCGCCUGCACCACCGCUUUCGGUGGUUCGUCUACUCCUCCGAAGAAUGCCGCCUCCACCUCCAGUCGAGCGACAACUAACAGACCAGAUUCGAGCGAUGGAGAGAUCGGUCAGGAUAAAAAGUCGAGUAGUGGGGCCAAAUCCCCGGAAACGGAAGUUUCUAUCAGUUCCGAUCAGUCUGACAAGGGUGACCGUGACCCCAUGGCGGAGAUUUACCCGCCGCCGAGGCUUGGGCAGUUCUACGACUUCUUCUCGUUCUCUCAUCUCACACCACCCAUCCAAUAUAUCAGGAGAUCUACUCGACCCUUCCUUGAAGAUAAAACAAACGAUGAUUUCUUCCAAAUUGAUGUAAGAAUUUCUAGUGGAAAACCAAUGACAAUUGUUGCUUCUAAGAAAGGGUUCUAUCCAGCUGGAAAACGUAUUCUUUUGACUCAUUCUUUAGUUGGUCUACUGCAGCAAAUAAGCCGAAUCUUUAAUGGUGCAUACAAAGCUCUCAUGAAAGCAUUCAUAGACCACAACAAAUUUGGAAAUCUCCCAUAUGGUUUUAGAGCAAACACAUGGAUUGUUCCUCCAAUUGUUGUUGAUAAUCCCUCACUUUUUCCACCACUUCCUGUAGAAGAUGAAAAUUGGGGAGGGAAUGGUGGUGGACAAGGGCGAGAUGGUAAAUAUGACGAUAGACAAUGGGCAAAAGAGUUUUCAAUUCUAGCAACAAUGCCUUGUAAAACUCAAGAAGAAAGACAAGUUAGAGAUAGGAAAGCUUUUCUACUUCACUCCCUAUUUGUCGACAUAUCAGUGUUAAAAGCAGUUUCUGCCAUUAAAAAUCUUGCUGAAAGUAGCAGUUUUUCCUCAAAAAGUUCCACCAAAUCAGUUUUACACGAGGAGAAAGUUGGAGAUUUGCUUAUUAGGGUUACAAAAGAUCUCUCAGAUGCAAACACAAAGUUGGAUUCUAAAAGAAACUUGCUUAAAGGCAUAACAGCAGAUGAGAGCACUACAGUUCAUGAUACUUCUACUCUAGGCAUAGUGGUUGUUAGACACUGUGGAUAUACAGCUGUUGUGAAAGUUGAAGCUGAAGUAAAAUUUGAUGUAAAAUCGAUUCCUCAAGACAUUGAAAUUGAAGAUCAACCUGAAGGAGGUGCUAAUGCUUUGAAUGUCAAUAGUUUGAGAAUGCUAUUACACAAGUCAUCAUCUACACCAAUACAAAGAGUUCAGGGUGCAGAUGUUGAAGAUUUGCAAUCUGCAAAGCUUUUGGUGAGGAAAGUAAUGGAGGAAAGUCUGCAGAAAAUGCAGGAUGAUGAAGAAGAAGAAGAUUCUAGAAACUUAAAAUCUAUCAGAUGGGAACUUGGAGCAUGUUGGAUGCAACAUUUACAAAACCAAGCUUCUGGAAAAUCAGAAUCUAAAGCUAAAGUAGAACCAAAAUCAGCUGUUAAGGGUCUAGGAAAGGGAUUACUGAAGGAAAUUAAGAAAAAAUCUGAUGAUAAAAGCAACAAAAUUGAACAGGAAAUUACAACAAACAAUAAAUCAGAUGAUAUUGAAGAGAUGAAAAAGGUGGAUGAAGAAGAAAAGGAAAUAAUGUGGAGAAAACUGCUUCCUGAAGAAGCCUAUUUGCGCCUUAAAGAAUCAGAUACUGGUCUCCACCUUAAGUCACCUGAUGAGUUAAUUCAAAUGGCACAUAAGUACUAUGAAGAUACUGCUCUCCCAAAGUUGGUGGCUGAUUUUGGUUCACUUGAACUUUCACCUGUUGAUGGAAGAACUCUGACUGAUUUUAUGCACACAAGGGGUUUGCGAAUGUGCUCCUUAGGGCGAGUGGUUGAACUUGCAGACAAGCUUCCUCAUGUUCAAUCACUCUGUAUCCAUGAAAUGGUUGUUCGAGCUUACAAACAUAUCUUACAAUCAGUUAUUUCAUCAGUUGACAAUAUUACAGAUUUAUCUGUGACAAUAGCAUCAUGCUUAAAUAUAUUGUUAGGAAAUAACAAUGACUUCAAAUGGAAGUGGAUUGAAUGCUUUUUAUCAAAGAGAUUUUCAUUUCAAUGGAAAACCGAAUCUCACACUGAAAAUCUUCGUAAGUUUUCCCUUCUUCGAGGCCUUUCACACAAGGUUGGUCUUGAGCUUGUUCCUAGAGACUAUGAUAUGGAUUCUGAAUCUCCUUUCGUGAAAACAGAUAUAAUUAGCAUGGUUCCUAUAUAUAAGCAUGUUGCAUGUUCAUCUGCUGAUGGACGUACACUUUUGGAGUCAUCUAAAACAUCUUUGGAUAAAGGAAAGCUGGAGGAUGCUGUUAACUAUGGAACUAAGGCACUUGCAAAAUUUGUAUAUGUCUGUGGUCCUUAUCAUCGAAUGACUGCAGGAGCAUAUAGUCUUUUGGCUGUAGUGCUCUAUCACACUGGUGACUUUAAUCAGGCUACUAUCUAUCAGCAAAAAGCUUUGGAUAUUAAUGAGAGGGAGCUUGGACUUGAUCAUCCAGAUACUAUGAAAAGUUAUGGUGAUUUAGCUGUUUUCUACUAUAGACUCCAACACACAGAGCUAGCUCUAAAGUAUGUGAAUCGUGCAUUGUAUCUUUUACAUAUAACAUGUGGACCUUCUCAUCCGAAUACUGCUGCUACUUAUAUCAAUGUUGCAAUGAUGGAAGAAGGUUUAGGAAAUGUCCAUAUUGCCCUUAGAUACCUUCAUGAAGCUCUCAAGUGUAAUCAAAGGCUUCUUGGAGCUGAUCACAUUCAAACUGCUGCUAGCUAUCAUGCUAUAGCAAUUGCUCUCUCUUUAAUGGAAGCAUACUCCUUGAGUGUUCAGCAUGAACAGACUACUCUGCAGAUUCUUCAGUCUAAACUUGGACUUGAAGAUCUUCGUACUCAGGAUGCAGCUGCAUGGCUUGAAUACUUUGAAUCCAAGGCUCUUGAACAACAAGAAGCUGCACGCCAUGGUACCCCAAAACCUGAUGCAUCUAUAUCUAGCAAAGGCCAUUUGAGUGUAUCAGAUUUACUCGAUUAUAUAGCCCCAGAUGCAGAUAUGAAAGCCCAAAAGAAACAAACUCGUGCAAAACUGCUUAAAGUAAAGCCAGAACAAAAUGAGGAAUCCAUAGUCAAUGAGGUUCCAUUAACAGAAGAAGUAUCAUCACCAAAACCUUCUGUUCCACAUAAAGAGAUUAAAUCUGAACAACAGGAUACAAAACCAGAUUUGAUUGAAAAGGAACAACAAAUGAUUGAUGAUAUUAUAGAAGUGGACAACUCAGAUGAAGGAUGGCAAGAAGCUAUUUCUAAAGCAGCUCGUAAAUCUUCAACUUCUAAAAAACCAAAUCUUGCAAAACUAAACACAAAGUAUCGACCAAAACCCGCUAAUUUCACAUCCCCGAGAACCACCACUGUUGAAUCCGGUACUUCUGCCGGACCUCCACCUACUGCCGCCAAGAAGUUCGUUAAAAGCGCAAGCUUCAGCCCAAAAUCAACUCCUUUAAGUCCGGCUAUACGUUCCAUCAGUGUCAAAGAAGCCGGAAAACUCUUCUCGUAUAAAGAAGUCGCCUUAGCUCCACCUGGCACCAUCGUCAAGGCGGUAACGGUGGCGGAGAAGUCGCCGGAGCAACCUUCUCCGGCGAUCAAAACCGAAACCGAAACCGAAAACAUCGAAAAACCCGAGAAAGAAGUUAUUCCAUCUUCAGAACAGGAAAAGGAAAAAGAAAAGGAAAAGGAAAAAACGAUUGAUGAAAAGAAGGAAGAAACCGAAGUUAUCCCGGAAUCUGAUUCCGAUUCUGGGAAACCAGAGAAUGAAGGUUUGGAAGCUUUGGAAUCGGAAAAAGAUGAAAAAAUUAGAAAUGAUGGAAAAGAGAUGACAAAGAAGUUAUCAGCAGCUGCACCUCCGUUUAAUCCAUCUUUAAAAGAUCAAGGAGGAAUAUUACCGCCACCUGUCAUCAUCCCCACUAUGUUGACGGUCAACCCGACACGUAGAUCGCCACAUCAGUCAGCAACCGCGCGGGUCCCAUACGGUCCACGUCUUUCCCGAGUCCCACGGACUAAACCCGCAUUCCAUGACCCGCGAAUCAUGAACCCACAUGCAGCCGAGUUCAUACCGAGUCAAUCGUGGGUCCCGCAUGGUUACCUGGUUUCACCCGAAGGCUACCCUAUCGCGAUAAACGGUUUCGGUUUCCCCGCAGGUUAUCCUGUGUCCCCGGUUGACUCAGUGGAAUCUCCAUCUGUAAUUACUCAUGGUGGUGAGGAAAAUAACAAGUCGGUCCCGGUUGACUCGGUUGGUGAAACUCAAUCUGAAAUUGUUACUGAGUCACAAGAAACGGAUGAACCGGUGUGAACCUCGUUAUUUUUCCUGAGUGAAAUGGUUUAUGUAGCUCAGAGGCGUUGGUUUGAGAAAAACUAAUGCUAAUAGUAUUCUCAUUGGGUCGGGGGCAUGUAAAAAGACGAUUCUACCCCUUCACAUGCACUCGCGGAGAAUGUUGAUGAAGAGAAGUUGUCUGAGUAUUUGUUUUAGUCGAUUGAGUGAAGUUGCAUUUUCUCAAAUUGGUGAGUGGUGUAACUUUUAUCUUUCAGGCAUUUCUUUGACUUUCUUGUGAAGAAACUUAACUGGGUUAAUUGAUACAUGGUUUAUAGUUUA